UCUCUCUCUCUUUCUCAGCACGACAGAGUUUGGCGGCUUUUCGCUAGUUGUUUUGUGUUUUGUUUUUUUGCCGCCUUUGCUUAUUCGUUUUGCGGUUGGCGUCGUUGCAAGUUGAUUUUUGUUGUGAGUGCGCGAGUCUAGUUCCCGUUUUAUAAACAUAAAUACAUGCAUAUGUACAUACAACAUAAGAUUGUUAUGUUGUAAGCGUUUUUCGAUGUUCUUAAAGUUUUUGCGUUUGAAAUUUGCAAUUGUGUUAGAAAAGUGUGGUGUCGGACGAGUGUCAGAAAAAAACCGCACGACCAAAAAACAAAGGACGCGCACAAGCGUCGCGUGAUGCAAACAGCUGUGAGACAGCAAGGUGCAAAAGGAAGAAAAAAUAAAGAGAAGAGAUUCAAAACCACUUAAGGAUUUUAAAGCAAUCAAUAGAAUUCUUGGAUAGUUCUCUAAAGAACGAGACGGGGAGACGAUCUGAAUUAGCCAAAAACUGAAAAAUCAAAAGACUUGAAGCAACUCAACCCUCCAAAACAGAAAAUCACAGAAGACACUAUCGAUUCUCAAAUCAAAAAUGGGCGAGCUUGACGAGAAGGAUACACCACCGACCGAGACGACAGCACACCAACAGGAGGCGCUCGAAGAGCCCAAGGAAACGGACAAAAUGCUGGAGAAAAAGGACGAAAAAUUGCCCAGCCCCAGUGCAGAUAAGAAACAGGCUUCGAAGCCAGGCACACCAGUUGGAGACAAAAAAUCGCCGACACCUGCGGCAGCUGAUGCUGCUGGUGAACCCAAAAAGGUCAACGGCGAAGAGAUCAUAGACAUACCCACUGAGAAUGGCACAAAACCAGACGAUCGCGAUGAAAAGAAAAUCUCCAAGGAGGAGCGCGAAGUGAAGCCAAAGAAGAUACCGAUCGGUGGCCUGAAGCUGCCAGGUUUUUUCAUGAAAUCCAAACCGAAGGCCGAAGGUGAUGGUGCCGAGGGCGAGCUGCUAGAGAAGGAGCACAAGGAGGAGCCCAAUGGCGACGCUGCUGCUGCUGCCACGCCCAAGAAGGAGGAGCAGAAGCCACGCAGCAACUUUGGCGAACGUUUGCGCAAUUUCUUUGUGCGCAAGCCCGCAGCCGAAAAACAGGCCAAGCAAGUGGCCAAUGGCGAUGCAGAUGCCAAGAGUGAGGCUACUGCUGAAGCUGCACCCGCUGAGGGAGCCGAUCAAUCGGAAUCGGCACCGCCACAGAAGCGCGGUCUGCUGAAUGCCAUCAAGCUGCCCAUAGCCAACAUGAUACCCAAGAAGAAGGCCGGCGAGGAUGUCGAACUGGGCCUGGGCAAGGCUGGUUUGGCUUCCAUGGAAACGCUGGACGAUUCACUCAAGGAUCAGGACACUGUAGACAAGGCACCCCUGAAGACAAAUGGCGCCGAUGAGAUUUCCAAGCUGAAGAAGUCACCAAGUGGCGAAAUCAAGCAAGCAGCCGCCGCUGGCGGUCCCAUCGAUGAGAAACUGACCGAUGAAGAGGAGGCGCCCGUGUCCCUACUAAGCCGACUGCGCGGCUAUAAGUGUAGUGUGGACGAUGCACUCAUUGCCUUCGGCAUAUUGCUCUUUGUGCUGCUGUUGGCAGUGAUUGGCUAUGUGCUGACACAUGAGACGCUGACAUCGCCGCCGUUACGCGAGGGCCGUUUCAUCUCGGCCGUGACCAGUUGUGGAAUGGUGGAGGGCGUCAAGGACGAUGGCGCCUUUGCCUUCCGUGGCAUACCCUAUGCACUGGCACCCGUUGAGGAGUUGCGCUGGCGAGGGGCUCAGCCCAUCAAGGACAUUGAUAACUGCUGGAAUGGUACGCUGCAGACGCACAACAGCAGUGUGCUGUGCACCCAGCGUCUGGGCAAUGGCACCAUUGUGGGCGACGAGGACUGCUUGUACUUGGACAUUGUAACGCCGCAUGUCCGCUAUGACAACCCACUGCCUGUCAUUGUGUUGAUUGGUGCCGAGACCCUAACUGGACCCUCGCCGGGUAUUUUGCGGCCGUCGGCGCGGUACUCGCGCUCCCACGAUGUUAUCUUUGUGCGUCCAAACUUCCGCUUGGGUGCCUUUGGUUUUCUCGCAUUGGAUGCUCUCACCAAAAAUGAAUAUCCACGCACCUCCGGAAAUUAUGCUCUGACCGAUAUCGUAGCCGCUCUCAAGUGGAUUCAACUGAACAUCGUGCACUUUGGUGGCGACCCGAAGUCCGUCACAUUGUUGGGACAUCGUGCCGGCGCUACAUUGGUCUCUGCUCUGGUCACUUCCCCACAACUCGAGGGGCUCUAUACACGCGCCUGGGCCUCUUCCUCGUCAGCCAUUUUCCCGGGCAAGACGCUGCAGGAAUCCGAGAAACUUAACGAGGUUAUAAUGAGCACGCUGGACUGCAAGGAUGUUGCCUGUCUACGUGCCGCCUCUACCGAACAGCUGUGGGCGGCCACACCAGACACCUGGCUGCACUUCCCCGCCGAUGUGCCCACCAAGGAGGAAUCGCUGAACACACAGCGUCAUGAGUGGCUAGUGCUUGAUGGCAACAUUCUGCAGCAGCACCCCUCGGAGUCGUGGAAGCGUGAGCACAUAGGCAAACCACUGCUGGUAAUGGGCACCACAGCCCACGAGGCGCAUACUCUGAAUCUGCGUGAACGUCACAGCAAUUGGACCGCCGAGGAGGUCCGCGCCUUCAUUGAUGGCUCCCAGCUGGGUGCUUUGGGGUUGACCGAUGAGAUUGUGGCCCGCUACAAUGCCACCAAUUACACAGCACUGGCCGCCAUUAUCACCGACAUACGCACCGUUUGCCCACUGCUGACAAAUGCUCGUUUGCAGCCCAGUGUGCCAUUCUAUGUGGUGACGCAGGGCGAGGGUGAGGAUCAGCUGGCCACCGUCGAUGCGGACGUGCAAGCGAUUUUGGGUCGCUACGAGCCACACACUGUGGAGCAACGACGCUUUGUGUCCUCAAUGCAGCAGCUCUUCUACUACUACGUCUCCCAUGGCACGGUGCCACAAUACGAUUCCCGUCGCCGAGUCCUUAUUGUGGGACAAGAUCCGCUCUCGCAGGAGGAUCACGAGCAUUGCAACUUUUGGAUCAGCAAAGACAUUGUGCCGCGAUAUGCGCGCAUUGAUUAAACCGUCGACUUCGAUUUCACAACCUCUUCGGGGCAUUUUCUGCUAUCUAUCUAUCCUUAAAAAUCCUGUCCCUUCACUCUUCAUCCUAUCACUGUCUAUAAUUGAAAUUCAAUUUAGAUUUGAAUUCUACGUUCGACUUCGUCUCCCGUCAGUUUAGUUUAGCUUAAGUGAAUCUAGUGUUUAUAUACAUAUAUAAAACUGUACAUUUAGUUCUCUUUUGCGAAUAAGUGCGACAAUUUAAGUUGUAAGUUUUUUAAGCAUUGCUAACUCUACAAAAUGAUAUACAUAUAGUACAUACUAUAUAUGUAUUGCAUACAUGGCACGCACACAACUGCAUAUGUAUGUAGAGAGCUCUUGAUUAUGUGUAAUUUAUGCAUAUUGACGUAUUUUCUAAUGUAAUUUUAAAACACACACCACACACAAAUACACAAAACUGAUACACACGCAAAAACUCGAAUAAAAACAUAACAAAAUAUAUGAACAAUUCUUGAAAAGUAUAGACAAAAUCGGCGUCUUUCAACUACACUAGUCGGCACAUUUAGUUUGGAAUUUCUAAAAACAAAAUCCGGCAUUUGCUAGCUUGGGCUUAUUUCUCGAUUAAUAUCAAAUAGUUUUUGAAUUUCUAAAAUCUGGUGGUUUCAACUACUUUUGCCGACUCAA